CAGUCGACAUGUCAAACGGCAACACUGUGAAAUACACACACCAGCACGAAUCGUGCAGCGAAUUCAUUUCUUCUCGUUUUUAAAUUAUAAGACCUAGUUAUCCUACGUAACAGGAAAAUGGCCAAGCGUGCGGCAACCAGAGAAUUGAAUCACGACAACUGGGAUGAUGACGAAGAAGAAGAAGAGGCAGGUACCUUUAAACAAGCCUCUUCCGAGGCGCUUCAGGGACGGGUGAUCAAACAAGCCCGGCGAAGAAUUACAGGCAAUGACGGAGAGGCAAAGAAAGGAUUCUCUGGGUUUGCUGGUUUUGGUGUGCGAGCAGGAUCUGAAUCGAAUGCAUUCACCAACUUUGCUGUUAAAGUUCCAAAUUCUACUGAAACAUUCAAAACAGGAAAUGGAGAAAACAAACCAAGCUCCAACACAGAUAAUGAGGCAAAAGAGAAAGAAUACCUCGCAAGCCUUAAAGUUUUGAAUGAAACUGUCACGGCGUGGAUUACAGAUCAUGUCAAGAAGAAUCCAUGUUGUGUGCUUACCCCCAUCUUCCAAGAUUAUGAAAAGCAUUUAAAAGAUCUGGAGGCAAAAAGAACUUCAACAGCACCAGAUGAAAGCCAAGCAGCUGACACCACCAAAACUACCUCUGCUUUCACUGCAGGCAAAAUCAGUAAUGAGAAACCUGAUGACCAUAAGUUCCAAUUUGGCUCUAAAUCAGCAGAAACUUCCAAACCAACUUUCAACUUUAUGAGCAAUGGAGCAACCCCAACAAAACCUCCUUCAACAUUUUCAUUUUCCAGUUCAACAUCAGCAACUUCUUCAGCAUCGAACUUUUCUUUCGGCAUCGCCAAAAGUGACUCGGAAGCGACUACCACUUCGUCAACGUUCUCGUUCAAACCUACAACUGCUGCUUCAACCGCCAGUCCGCCGACUACGGCUCCUUUCUCCUUUUCCGCAUCUAAACCUUCGGUAGCCGCGCCAGCAUUUUCGUUCGGUUUUGCAAGUAAUAAACCAACAACAGAUCAGAAAAAGGAUGCAGAAGAUGAGAAGGGCGGUGACGAAGAAGACGACGAAGACGCUCCACCAAAGGUGGAAAUUAAACAAGUACAAGAAGACGAUGCCUUUUAUUCCAUUAGGUGUAAAUUAUUCUACAAAAAGGACAACAAUUAUACGGAAAAGGGUGUGGGUACUCUACACUUGAAGAAAAUCAAGGACGAUAAAACGCAACUGGUGAUCCGUGCCGACACUUCACUCGGCAAUAUCCUUCUGAACAUCAUUCUAAACCCACAACUAACAACUCAGCGUGUAGGCAAGAAUAACGUCAUGUUCGUUUGUAUUCCUAACCCACCCAUUGAUCCAAAAACUCCUCCUGCUCCAACACCCAUGCUUCUCCGUGUGAAAACGGACACAGAAGCCGAUGAACUGUUGGCCAAAUUGAACGAGGCAAAGAAGUAAAUUAUAGGUCAAUCACAAAGAAAUAGGUUUUUUUUUUUAGUUUGCUUGUGAUUCCCUUUUCCAUUAUUUUAUUCAAUUAUUUUUUUUACGAUCUGUACAAUAAACAAUCCCUUUUGCGACGACCUUGAUUUCUUUCAUUGGAAUUGAAUACAUGUAAGAAUGUAUAGCCUU